GCUGAGUUCGGCCGGGUGCAGUGAUUGCCAGAGAGAGAUCGGAUCUGCCGAGGGGAGGAUCACGUCGUGGGUUCCUGGGACGUUUCGCUUGUCAUCGUUCGAAGCAAGGAUUGCACGAAGAUUUUGGAUUGUGAUCGCGCUCUCUUAGUAGAAGAAUUUGAGCCUUGGAGUGCAAAUCUCUUCGCGAUGAAGCACCGGAAUUCUAUGCGAAAGCUGGGUCGAACCUCAUCUCAUCGAUGGGCCCUUUUGAGGAACCUGGUAACGGAGCUGAUUCGUCAUGAGCGGAUCGAAACUACUCUACCGAAGGCCAAAGAGCUGCGGAGAGUUGCCGACAACAUGGUGUCUCUUGGGAAAGAGGGCACACUUGCUGCUCGAAGGCAGGCUGGUGGAAUUGUUCAUGGAGAUGAAAUUCUUCACAAGCUGUUCACUGAACUUGCUACCCGGUACCAGGCUCGAUGUGGCGGUUACACCCGUGUCCUUGCAACAAGAACUAGGCAAGGAGAUGCAGCCCCCAUGGCAUACAUCGAGUUUGUAGAUCGACCAAAUGAAUUGCGAGAAGCAAAGCCGGCUUUCCCUCCUCCCCCACCAAGGGACCCUCUUCCACCAUGGCUGCACUCCAAGUAUGCUCGCGUCUUGGUCCCAAACAACGCAGCACCACUUCUGACAAGUAACCCUUGAGGCCUAGUUAUCCAAGUCCGUCACGAUAUACAGCUGCCACUCUACUUUUUGAUGCCAAAAUUGAUUGGUGAAUGAGGCGAUUUGCUGGUUCCAAUGAGCCAUUAUAGAGAAACUAAUGUCCCAGUUACACAGGACUCAUACCCUUUCAUACACAGCCUUGAAGAGUUUAUAUUAAGCAUCCACGGUGAUCUUCAGAAACUAAGCUUCCACAAUGGAAGCCGUCCUUCGGAUAAAAAAAUGUCUGAAGUGAGUCUUUGUUUUGGGCUCAGUGUAUAUGUUAUCAACUCAAAAUCUUGCAAAUAUUGAGAAUUGUCCUUGCG